AUGACAGUCUUCAACACUGAAACCGAGUUUCAAUUGCAUGGCGUGGAUCACCUCGAGCCGAGCGCCUACCAUAUCAGCCAGGACUGCGAUAUCUGCCGGGAGCCUCUUGCGCUCGUCAAGGCUACCUGUCCCAACGACAAACGCCUUCACCCCGCGGUUCGCAUCAAGUCUUGCCAUCACGUCCACGGCACAGAAUGCUUGAAUGCAUGGCUCAAGAUCGGCAAUACCUGUCCCACCUGCGGCCAUAUGCUCUACCUUCGUGCCAUGGAGCAGCCGCUCACUCAGCAUGAUGUCGACACGAUGAUGCGCGAGCUCAGUGGAAUGUGUGACGAAGACUCCAUCGCGCAAUCACUUGCGCGCUACAUGCACAUAUCCGACGCCGCUGCUGUGAAGCUCGAGCAGAUCAUGCAUACUAAGGUUGCCACGGAGGAGACCAAGCGGAAGGAGAAGGAAGAGCAAGAUCGCAAGGACUUCAUGCUCGGCGAUGAUGAAUUCUUGGAUAGCGACAUGGAGGGUGAGGAUGCAGAAGGAGGUGGAGAGGAGAUUGGAGACUACGAAGAUGGAAUGGAGGACGAAGACGACGACGACGACGAAGAGGACUCGAGUAUUGUGAGCAAUGAGGAGUAG